AUGAAUCUAAAACCACCAUCAGAAACUGGAAGUGUUGAUGAUAUCAGUGAUAAAGAAAAGAUAAAUACUCUCAAAAAGGGAGUGAUAGAAUUAAGGGAAGAGAAAUCUCAAUUAAUGAAGUAUAUUACAGAAUUAACCCUCAAAAAUAAUUGGCUUAUUAAAGAGAAAGAAGGCACAGAAUAGAAGUCUAAUAUUGGGGAUGAAUCUAAAUAAAUACCUAAACUCAAACAGUAAAUAUUUUUAAUAUUGCAAGAGAAUUAGCCUCUACCAUUUAGAAUUAUGAAACUAGCUUUCUAUUUUACAAACAGUUUAUUAGGAUAUGGGAAGAGAAAAUUGAUAAAAGGAAGCGUAAAAAAUACAGCACUGAACAAUCAACUCUAAAAGAAUAUCGAAGAUAUUGAGAGAGAUUUAUAUAACAAAAUAAAGGAUUUAAAAGCAGAGAAGAUAGAGAUUCAAUUGUAAUUAAAGACUUUAGAUAAGGAAAUGCAAUAGAGAGAUGACGAAUUGAGAGUAAUACAUAAGGGAUUGGAUGAUUCGAGAUUUACAGUGGCACAAUUGUAAGGAGAACUUGAAGAAUCAAGGGGCAAGUUUAUUUAAUAUAAACUCAUUUUGCAUAAUCAAUUAUUGGAUAUUGAGUGUCUGUUUAUUUUUAGACAAAAUCUAUUUAAUGAGUACAUAUUCGAAUUAGAAACCGCAGCUUAGAAAUUCUAAUAUAAGGCUAGUGAAAUUACAGACUUGAAGAUUAAAGAUGAAUCCUCAUUCACUUUGUCUAUUAAAUCAAGAAAUAGAGAAGAAGUCUUCGUUAUUAUGCACAAUCAGGAUUUAAAGAGAUCUGCAAAUCUAUUAAAAACUUUCUACUAAAAGCAAAAAAUAUUAAAUCAAUUAGUAGCAUACUCAUCCAUAAAGUCCAAAAAACAAUGGGUUCUUGGGAGGACUGAUGUCCAUUUUUGGAAGUACUCAAUUGAAGAAUGGAAUCAAUACAAAUAUUGA